AAAAUGACACUUUUUAAUAGAGAAACGACAGAAGUAUGCAACAAACAGAUACUGUUUAAGGAUUAUGUCAAUGGGUUCCCAAAAGAAUCUGACAUGAUUCUCAGUACUUCCGCGAAAAUCCAUCUCAAGCUUCCAGAAGGUUCUAAAGGCGUACUCGUUAAGAACCUAUAUCUGUCGUGUGAUCCUUAUUUGCGCAGUCAUAUGACCAAAACUGAAGGCGGACAAUUUGAAUCCUAUACUCCUGGUUUGCCCAUACAUGGAUUAGGAGUAGCAAAAGUCCUUGAAUCUGGAAAUUCGAACUUUAAGAAGGGCGACCUAGUUUGGGGGAUAACUGGAUGGGAAGAAUACAGCAUUAUUAAUGCUCCAGAGACUUUAAACAAGAUUCAGCAUACUGAUGUGCCUCUAUCUUAUUAUACAGGAAUUCUUGGUAUGCCUGGAAUGACCGCUUAUGUUGGUUUCCAUGAGGUUUGUGCUCCAAAGAAAGGAGAGUAUGUCUAUGUUUCAGCGGCUUCAGGUGCAGUAGGUCAGCUCGUUGGGCAGUUUGCUAAGUUGUCUGGAUGUUAUGUUGUUGGGAGUGCUGGGACAAAAGAAAAGGUUGAGCUAUUGAAGAAUACAUUUGGAUUUGACGAGGCUUUUAACUACAAAGAAGAACAAAAUCUGGAUGCAGCAAUCAAGAGGUACUUUCCAGAUGGAAUUGAUAUUUACUUUGAGAACGUUGGAGGAAAGAUGUUGGAUGCAGUACUCUCUAAUAUGAGAGUUAAUGGACGCAUUUCUAUUUGCGGGAUGAUUUCACAAUACAACUUAGAGAAAGGGGAAGGGGUGCAUAACUUGUUGUCCAUGAUAUCAAAACGCCUACACAUGCGAGGGUUCGUUGUAACUGAUCACUAUCACCUCUAUCCAAAGUAUAUGGAAAUGGUCAUACCCCUAAUUAAACAAGGGUCUAUACGUUACAUAGAAGACAUUGCAGAGGGGCUCGAGAGUGCCCCUGCAGCUUUAGUUGGCCUGUUCUCGGGCAAAAAUGUUGGGAAGCAAGUGGUGGUCGUGGCUCAUGAAUGAAAACGGACUAGCGUGAACCUUAAACUGUUGAAGCUUUAUUUAUACGUAAGAUUUUUGAGCAUAUUAAACUUUACAUGUGUGUAUAAAUAUCAUUUGAAUUAAUAUAAAUCACGAAUA